AAACCAUACUACGUCUCUGGGUGGGCUAACUUAUGUGAAUGCCGAAUUAAAUAAUGGUUCACACCGUUUCAAACAAGGUCUUAGGAUAUAAUGCAAUAUGUCUUGUAAAUGGGGAAAUAAACACGGCCACUUUGAAUCGAGAGAAUAAUCAAUGGAGUUCAGCUUGUGGGUGUUUCCUAACGAAAAUGACACGUAACGGAGCGCGCGCUGUUACUAGUUGCAGUAGGCGAGUGACAAUGUUAAAAGCUCGAGCGUACUUUCUAGCUAUGUCAAGAAAUUACGGCUUAUUUAUUUUGUAUUAUUAGCUAGCGUUAAUCAACCUGUUACAUACAAUACCGCUUUACAUAGCAAGCUGAUGUAAGGUUAAACAGUUGGACCUUUCAAAGUUAGCCAAACAACCAUCUGCAAUCCGCUAUGGGUGUAAGGAGGUGGUGCAGAUUCUGUUUGGAGAUGACCUUUCUACAGUAGCUGUCUUUUCCAAAACCUUACAACCUAGACCUGUAUGGCGUUCCCUGUCCAGUUCCUAUGCCGGGGGCUUCGCACUCUCGGAUUGGUUGUCCUUUACUAUGUCUUCUCUAUAGGCAUCACCUUCUAUAACAAAUGGCUGAUGAAGGACUUCCACUAUCCCCUCUUCAUGACAUUAGUUCACCUCGCCGUCAACUUCUGUCUGUCCGCUGUAACAAGAAGGGCCAUGCAGGGCUGGACAGGGAAGCCCCGCGUCAUUCUGAGCUGGAAAGUUUACCUCCAUAAAGUGGCUCCCACAGCUUUGGCAACAGCACUGGAUAUUGGACUUUCCAACUGGAGCUUCCUCUUCAUUACCAUCAGCUUGUACACCAUGACCAAGUCUUCAGCAGUGCUCUUUAUCCUCUUUUUCUCCCUGGUCUUUAAACUCGAGGAGCCAAACCCAUUCCUGAUCCUGGUGGUCCUGCUGAUCUCCAGUGGUCUGUUUAUGUUUACAUUUGAGUCAACCCAGUUCAACCUGGAGGGCUUUACCAUGGUGCUGCUCGCGUCCUUUAUAGGCGGGAUCCGCUGGACCCUCACUCAGGUCCUCAUGCAGAAAGCAGAGCUUGGCCUUCAGAAUCCAAUAGACACAUUGUACCACCUACAACCUCUCAUGUUCCUUGGCCUCUUCCCCCUCUUCCUGUAUAAUGAAGGGCUAAGCCUCAGUACCUCAGAAAAGUUAUUCCGGGUGACGGAGCUGUCGCCUCUCUUGUAUUCAGUCUUAACACUGAGUAUAGGCGGCUCACUGGCCUUUGGUUUAGGCUUCUCAGAGUUCCUGCUUGUCUCCCGAACUUCCAGCCUCACGUUAUCCAUAUCAGGGAUCUUUAAGGAGGUGUGUACUCUGCUUUUGGCAGCAGCUCUGAUGGGAGACAAAAUGGGAAUGCUUAAUUGGCUUGGAUUUGCCAUUUGUCUGUGUGGCAUUUCAUUGCAUGUGGGACUGAAGACAUAUUAUUCCAAAAAUAAGGGACCGACUUUAAGGAAGCUCAACAGUAAGAGCCCAGAGCUUGAGUUGCCAUUACUGGGGCAGAAAGAAGACGAAAGAGACGAUUGGGCUGCUGAAUACAAUGACAAAGAUAAGGAACAAGAAAUCAAUAUUCACUGACAUCACAGGAUACAACAACUUCAGUCUAGACUGUCUUUGUACUACGGAUUCCUUUAAAACUGUUCCAUUAGAUGGUUUGAACAGGGAUGUCAAAGCUUUAGAGCGUCCAGAAACUCAUCUUUGGGACACUCACCACAAAAAGAACCUGACGAGCCAGAUGGUUUGUUACACAGGACCAUCUGAGAUGCUGUUAGUGGAAACGGUUGAAAACUGUGGAAAAGGGUGGGCGCUUUCAAAAUAAUCCUCGGCAGGUGAUUGGAAUAGCCAACUGUCUAACACCUCCGCCAUUGUUGUUUUGAAGGAACAGUCGCAGCCGUUACACACACAUAAACCACGUCCGUCGGUGUCAGUAGCGGGCGCUGAUUGGAGCUGUUCACAGCUGUUUGGACACAAACGCUUUUAGUUGAAGCCCAACAAGAUGGAUUUUUGUCUGAUAUGUGAUCCUGCAAUUUUUGAAAGAUCUUGUGAUAUUUGGAGAAUCCAGCUGCCGUGCAAGGGAAACAAAAAGAGGGAACAGCCUCUUCAGCUUUUUUCUUCCACCAAUCAUGUCUUCAGGCCACAGUCUCAUUCUGUAGCUGUACAUUAACUGUGGACAUGAUCGUUUGCCUUAGGAAAGCUUCAAAAAUGUAGCUAAUACAUACAAGUGUCAACGAAGUAUGAUGUAUGGGGAGAGAGAAGGUCUGAAAAGGGCUACUUUGACAUUGUACGAUGUCAUUUUUCUUUGCUAGAUACUUGUCAAACAACAUUCCUACUUUGUAUUCCUAUAUACAGGACAUAUGCACUCUGGUAAUUGGCACAUGGUUACUACAGAAUAAGCUGUAGGGCAAGGACAAAUGUAGAAACUGUUAAAUAAGCUUACAUGAGUCUUGUUCAGAAAAAAAAAUUGACUAUAAUUGAAAGUGUCCUGGUAUCCCUGUAAUGCAGAGUGGUAACUCAAUAUCAAAUUAUAUAACUUUCUUCUUAAGAAUGUAACCUGACAUCUUUAAGUUUAAAAAAACUGGAUUAAUAUUACAUUUGUCUUGUAGUUACUCAGAUUCCCUUUUUUUUUGCAGAUUGCUUUACUGCUCUUCUUUGUAAGCUAAAUCUACAAAGCUAACAAUACAAUUUAAUACAGAUAUAUCAAUGAGGUCUAUAAGCCAGUAUUAUCUAUUAACAUUAUCAAUACGUAUGCAGGUUAUUUUCUUAAUUAAUUUAAAAAUUUGGUGUAAAAAAAUAAAUAAAAUGCCCAUCACAAUUUUUUAAACCUAAGGUUAUGACUUCAGAAAACGUGUUGACUAACCAACAAUCUAAAACCCAAAGAUAUUCAGGUACGAAGAAUGCAGCAAACCCUUACAUUUAGGAAGCAAAUAAAAAAAAAGGCCUUUCUGCUUGAGAACUCACUUAAAUCAUGUUUUGAUUAUCAAAUCCAGAGUCCAAAUGGUUAAUUAAUGCCAGGUUUGGUGGCAGAAAGGCUCUUUGAACAUUAUUUGAUGGUGUAUGCAUUGAUAUUUGGACAUUUUAAUUUGUCAUAAUAAUGAGCUACAAGGUUGGAGACUAUUGAAUCUAAUGAAUCAUUAUUUGAAGAGAUGUGUAAUGCUGUACCUUAAUGUGCCUUGUUAAUGUCACAGCAGUCAAAAAGGCUGCUUAAAAGCCCUAUUUUUAAAUUAUGAUUAUGUAGCUGUACUUGAGAUUAAAGCCAUUUAAGAAGUACACGUUUUUUGACAGUUUUUGUUUGUUUGUAAAAAUGCAGCAUUGUGGCAAUACAUUAAGAAAUCAAGUGAAAG